GAAAUUGAAGGCACGUAUCGUGCAACGGAAAAGCUCAAUAAUUCAAAAGAAGUACACUAUCCAAGCCGUCACAGAUCCCAGGCAUAUUGCAGAGUUAGAUGACUUGACAUUGCACCAAUGCAUUGAACUGCAGGAAAUGAGCAGAAAAGUUAUGAAUGUGGAGAACAGGGGAUUCCGCAAAAGUGGGAUAAAGUAUGACUGGAAGAUGAAAGCAGGGAUGCAUCUUCCUGACAGAGGGUGUUCAGUGGUGAGCUCCAUACUGUUCACGCCCUUGGAGGGGGAACACUGCGUCCAUACCACCACUGGUAGGUGUAUGGCGUGGUUCUGUGCAGCAGUUUCCUCAGGAGUCCCUCUUGUUUUUGUUAAUAUCCAGACAGAACAGAUUGCCCAGUCGGAGAGGAGCAACGUUCCUGGAAGGGAAACAAGAAGUAGGAGCAAACAACAAGACAACACAGCCAAUACCCAGAUUAUGCAGGGUAUAAGAUUUUGGUAUCUACCAGGAGUAGCAGAAAUAUCAAUAGAAUUGAUCCCUCGACCCAAGGAAGAGCGUUUUGGGAUGGAAAUCAAACGGACAGAAGAGGGGUUUGUGUGCGUGUACUCUGUGAUAGAAGGUUCAGUAGCAGAGAGAGCAGGGGUAAGAGAACUGUUUGAAGAAGCCACAGGGAAAGGGUUCCUUCUGGUGAUCUCUCGGUUGCACGGCAAGAGCGUGAUGCCUUCCUCCGUUUGCUCUGCGGGUCUUAUCCACUGUUGUGAUCACUCCGACAUAAAGGACACUCUCAGUUCGGCCAUAGACGGAAAUGAUACCCUUGAGAUGCAUAUAAUGGCAUGGCCUAAUCAAACUCGGCUCAGUCCUCUUCAACCUCUGGCCUCCCAGGCUCCGUUGCCUCCCCCAGGCUUUUCCCCGCCCCUGCACUAUGAUUGA